UUUGUGUUUUAUUGAACUGAACACGAAUAAAACUUGUAAUCUGACCUGAAUGAAAAACAGCUACUAUCAUAUUAUAUUUGUUGUACAAAUUUUUUUUAUGUAUCUAGAAAUACUUCUGUAUCUGGAGAUACAUUUGUGAUGAACAGCAUUUAAUGCAGCCUAUUCAUUAGGAAAACAUAAAUUUGAUCAAGUUCUAAAAUGUGUGCAUUAGAUAUAGAAUAAUUCAGUCCCAGUUUUAUUCAAAUUGCACUGAACAAACCGGGAAACAUUUUGGCUUAGAAUAAAACGUUUGAGGGACCGAAAACAGAAAGUAAUGGUUUUCACAAAAACCUGCCAUUUUAUGCAUAGUCCGAAAGGUGGCAGUAAUGAAUUCAGUAAGUCUGUAAAUAACUAGUCGAAGAAGAAAUUCCAACCAAAACAGUCUGUGUCACUUAUCAUUUGAAAACUCUUUGUUCUUUGAACGUCCCUAUUUCCUGCGUUUCUUUCUAACAGUUAACCCAAUUCCGUUGAAUCAGAACUUCAUGUAUGCUAAGGAGUUAGCUAAUUGUUAGCUAACUUAUCAAUUCUUUUCUCCGGGUUGAACUGAUGUCUAUCCGCCGGGUUCUGGUGGGUUGUACGGUGUUAUCUCUGCAAGAUGCCUGUGUGUUUUAUCCCUGCUGCAAAGGCUGCUUCUCCCGGAUCGAUGCUGAACAGAGAGACACCUUAAGGUACAGGUGCUCCAGGUGUGAUUACAGGUGUCUGAAGGAUCAGGUGGAGUACAGGUACCGUCUCUCACUGAGAGUGGUCCGGAAUACAUCCACAUUUAGUGUAACAGUGUUUGGAAAUAGCUUGAACUCCUUUUUUGGCAUCCAUGCAAGUGGAUUACAGAGGUUAGCUGAAAAUUCGGAGGGACCUAUCGGACCAUCAGCAAGACCCACGUUGUUGGCGAAAGCAGUUGAAGACUGUUUCCUCGGUAGAUACUUCAUCUUUGGUAUAAAGGUGAGUGGAAGAGAACCGGAACCUUGGCUUGAAGAACCUGAUGGAAGUGAGUCUGGCAGAGGAGGGAGAGCCCAGUUUGUUGCCAGUCAGAUGAUUCUUCCCCCAGCCACAGGCCUGACGGGCUGCACCGUCCUCAGUUAUUAUCAGCGGCUCCUACAGAGAGCUUCUGAGUAUGUAGCGGAGUCUGCUGAUCCCGGCAGACCGUCUGCAGCCCCCCUGCUGAUGAUUUCUGGUCGUUCUCCGAGCAGCACCCUCAGUGACGUCUCUCUGUAUCCUUCGGGUCAUCUGUCCCAAGCGCUACUUCGUUUCCAACACCAGAACCAGUCAUUUACUUCCACCCCUCCGUGGCAGCAGUCGCUUGGACUUGUGACGUCCUCAGCAGAGCAGGAGGAAAGAUCCAGUCAGGAUGGCGCAGAUCACAGCAGCAGACUGACAGGAUGCAGCGCAAUGCCACUUCCUGUGCAGAGAGUUCACACGCAGAAUCAUCCAGGCACAGAGGAGAGACCAGCUCCUCUAAAGCUAGAGUCCAGCUUUCACAGCCAUCCAUCUUUUACCGGGGAUUCAAACUCCUCUUGUACAGGAAGUGUUGGAAACAGCUUCAGUGUGAAAACCUGCUGUAGUCCGUCACAGCCGAGGUACAAAAGCUGCAGUUUCACUCCGAAGGAGCUUCCCAUCACACAUCAAUCCCAAACGUUUUUAUCAAGCUCGUUUGCUUGGGAUGAUUUGCCUUUCUCUGAAAGUCUGUCCGAAUUUUUGUGCAAACAAGACAAAGAUUUAAAUGUUCUCGGUAAAACGACAAAUUUCAAUUUGCAGCAUGAAAAACAAACGGAAACCUUUGCAGAAAUCGCAAACCGGUCAGCUGAGCCAGCUUCUGCUUGUCUGAAUGCUGCAGGGAUAAUCUCCACAGACCACCUCCAAGAUAUCACUAAUACGCCAACAGUAGAGGGAGAGGGAAAACAUAUUUUAUCUGAUCGAAACUGGAAGAACUGUGGUGAACGCAUGAGCAGACCUGAAGACAACAUGAUUCCAAGGUAUGGUGAAGGUUUUUUAUCUUUUGAAAAACAAGAAGAGCUAAAUGAAGUGGACGGUUACAACUGUUCAGCUGACUUAUUCAGUGACUCAUUUGUACACCCAGCAACAUACACAACUCAGACACACACCGAGAGAUCACCUUCAGAUGCCUGUUUCCGGUUCGCUGAGAUGAAUGUUCAGCACGUAAAGAAUGAAGCCUCGAGUGUGUCACAUUCAACGCCUGACAAACGGGAACUAAAAAGCAAUCUGUGCACUAAAAGGGAUUUUACAGAUCUACAAGAUUUUGACUUUGUUCCUCCUUCUCAGUCCACUCCCAUUGUAAAAGUAGGUGGAAUGACACGCUCACCUGCAGUCACUUCCUGCAGAAGUUUGAAAGAUGAGACAUCAAAAGAAAAUUUAAGGUGGAGUAUAAGAUCCAGGAGGCGGAAGAACAAAAUCACUCCAGGAAGGAGAUUCAGAAAGGAUGAGAAAUGUAAAGAAAGACAUCCAGUGGGGCAGCAGGUAGCGCGGCAAAGAGGAGCAACUAGCUUUGAAUCAUCCAGUCCAACCAGUCAGAAACAUGACUCUGAAGCGAGCAAUGUGACUUUUUGUGAUUAUGACAAUGCAGAUGGAGUUGUUCCUCCUAUUCCUGCUCAUAAAAUGCUCUUGAGUGUCUUCUUCAGAGAAAAAUGGCAGACGGAAAAUGGCCACAGGGAUUCAGGUUGUAACAGGAGACGAUCUCCAGGAGACGGAGGAAAUGAUAGCAGAGAUCUCUGGGAUCAGACUCAGACAGUAUUUCAUGCUAAUGAGACAGAAGGUGAGAGAGAUCUUGAUGGAUCUAAGGAUCACCUCACUGAGCCUGGAAGCCUUGCGUGUGACUGGUCAAGGGAUUUAUUUUCAGACUCUUAUCUGAUUUCAUAACUCUGCAAAGACAAAAAGAAGAACUUAUGUGUUAAAAAUUUAAGAUGGAUCAGCUGCUGUCACCUUUUUUUUUUUUUCCUCUUUUAAUGAGCUAAUUAAAUAUUUAUUUCACUUCGACAUGCUUUUUAUUGCAUGCUCUAAAGAUCAGCUCACAUUUUAUAAAAAUGCUUUUAAAAGUCCAUUAAUAACCUACAUGUAAGCAUUUUUUGUUUCUUACAAGUUAUAUUUAAAAAUCAAAUGGGUUUUCUUUGUUGAAAUAUGUCGAACAGAUUAGGUUUUUCAGUUCUUUUUGUUUGCCCCAUCAUAAUUAUUUUUUAAAUAUUAAUUAAUAAUACUAUUACAUCGUAGUUAUUUAAUAAAUGUUAACUAAUAAUAAGUAUCCAAAAUAUGCAUAUUGGUAGAUCCAUUUGUGAUGAUGUAUUUGCUGCUGAGAGGGAGGAGAUAGCAAUUUAGUAGAGGGGUCAAAUACAUAACAUACUGUAGGUCCUCUUUUAGAAAACCAAUAAUUUGGACAUCUGUUCAUCACCGGAUCAAUUAACACUGUAGUGUUAAAUGAGUCCUGCCCUUCUUGGCAGCACAGAGACCCUGUGAGCAGACCUGCUGUUCCGGGUUCCUGUGUGUAUGUGUGCAGGGUCAGUUAUGUAGGGACGAGUGUGGACAAUGCCGUGCCAGAGAGCUAAGAUUAGCUGUCACGAUGGCUAUGUUCUGGAUGUCUGAGUAAAACAAAAUGGGAGCAAGACGAAGAUGAUGUUACAUGUGUAAAAGUGGAAACUGGACAGCCAGUCCACAGCUGGAGUCCCGCGCUGGACUGUGUGUGCUGGGACUGGUAUGUGCUCAUUGCUCAGCUGAGUGUGUUUGUUUGCUUUUAUUUGUUAUGGGUCAGGGGCAUUAAGUGAUGGAUUCUUCAAAUUUAGUAAAUGCUACAGAAAUGUAGCUUUUAUAGUGACACAAUUGUUGGUUCAGACGGAAAUGGUUCUUACUUGUACUGUAAGUAGAGGGCCUUUGUAUUUGUCCAAAAAGCACAUUUUCUCCAAAGGAUAAAGACUGCAGACGUAGUUGGUCUUAUUUUUUUGUUGGCAACAGAAAUGUUGUCAUAAAAAUUUCACUCAAACAUUUGUGAUCAGUUCUGUAUCCAAAUGAAAAUCUUUGGUGCAGUUAUUUGGUUUACAUAUGCAAAAUGUGAGUGUAAUCACAGAACUAAUAACAUUUGCUCUAUUUUUCAGAAUGUGAAUAAUUAGGACAACGUUGGUAAAUUUGGCAAUAAAAUUCAGUUACAGUAAAAAUAUCAGGUUCACAAACUCUAAAAUUGUGUUUGGUCAUAAUUGGAAGAACUUGAAUGCUGCAGUGACUUGCAAAAAUAUUUGUACUGUUUGAAAUGUUUCCAGUUUGUCCCAGUACAAUCAGAAACUUUUAUAUACUUUAUUGUGAUUUUAUGUGAUUGAUGGCACAUAAUAGUAAGUAAUUAUAAAAUGCAAGUUUUUUUUGUUUUUUUUUAAAAUAUUUUCCAAAUACAAAUCUGAGGUUUCUUUUGGAUUCAGUUCCUUUAACCCAGCAGGCAGUGCUGCAUACAGUGUGCAUGUUCACCUCAGUAUAAAUCCAGCUGAAGGCCUCAGAAGUUUGUUAGAAAAUAUUUCAAUAUAUCUGACAACAGAGAGUUAACGGGUGUAGUGGACUUGUAUUACUAGUUUUAUUUUUUGCUACGCUUCCUUAUUAAUUUUGUUCCCCAAGUUGUGCUGAUACUAAACUCUUGCACUGUACUGAUCCAGAAUAUGUUGUUUCCAGAAGCUGCAGCUCUUCUGUACCCCACUGGUACAGUACGUGAGCUAUGUCACUGCACACUCAGUGAAUGGAAACACUUGGAAGCCAGUAUGUGUUGAGCUUACAGUCUGGGAGAGAGGGCACAUUGCUCUGACCCUUAAAUCAAUGCACCGGCCUCCUGCUAAAUACGUUGUACUCAAAGACCUUCUCGGAGAAUGUGAAUGUCUCAGUCUUGGCUUGUAACUUACAGCCUGUAGGAUUUCUCAGAUGAUCUGCAGUCCCUGCUGCUGGACCUGGAGAUCAAACUACACCUCAGCAAAUUGCCCUGAGGCAAAUUGCCAACUACUUGAAUGCAUUUCUUUGGAGGAGCAGAUCCGUUAAUUGGAGGAGCAGAUUAAAGGAUCUGCUCCUCCAAAGAAAUGCAUUCAAGUAGAUGAUCUGCAGGGACUGCAGAUCAUCUGAGGAGCAGAUCCUUUAAUUGUGAUCAACAUGCUGUUUUAGUUAUUUGAUACUUUAAAACUAAAAUCUAUUUUCAGUAGUCUAAUAUUGUAUAUAUUUGCUUGGUAAUAUUAUUAUUUGUGUUUUUAUCUCAGAUUACAAUCGGUUUUCUAUUUAUUUUCUCUCGUUUUUAUCUUCUAAAGCUAAUUUUCUCUGACGUUGAUUCCUUGAUCAUAUGAAAAUAUUAAAUAUUUCAUGAUAUGAAAAUAUAAACAUUGUCAUACAAAAAGGGAAGAUUGUUGCUGAAAUUGUUUUAUCAUUUUAUGUUAUAGAGGAGAAAUGUGUAUGGUAUAAGCUUUAAUUAUUUUUUCCUUUUCUUUAUUACAGAAUGAGAGAGCGUUCUGAACUAGAUUAAAUAUUUCUCAUUCUGAAAUACUUGGAUGAACAUCAUAUGUGUCCUGAAAAGUAAAUUUGCAUUUUGAUUUUAAA